UCACUCAGAUUUCAUUAUUUUUCCAAUUGUUUUGUAAAUGAGUCAGAGAAAUACUAUUCAUUAUAUUAAUAUUCUGCCGAAAUAAAGAUUUUCAUUAUAUUUCUUGCUAAGAGCGCUUAAAUUAUAAAUAAAAAUGGCUGACGUACUAGUUAUAACUCAAGACUAUGUUAAUGUACACAUUACAAAAUCGGACAACGAAGAUGCGGCGCCGAUCGAACGUAGAUUUAAAAAGGGAAUCAAUAUUCUUGAAUUUAAGACAAAAUUAGAGCUACUCACUGGCGGGUCCCCAACCACAAUGAAAUUAAAAUUAUAUGACAAGAAAAACAACUUUGUAUGUGAUAUAGAAGAUGAUAAAAAACUUCUUGGCUCAUACCCGAUAGAUGAUGGAAUGAGGAUACAUGUCAUUGAUAAGUUUUCUCUUGUCAAUGAUUUUGCUACUUCUGACAGCGCUGAGAGAUUCCGGUUAUCAGAAGAGGACUAUGAGAAAAAGGGUGAUACUCUCAGAUCUUUCCUACAACGCAACAGGCUUGGUAAAUAUAAUGAGGAAGAGAUGAAGAAAAUGAAGGAACAACAGGAAAAAGAGUUGGAGGAAGAGGCAAAGUUAGCGGAAGCAGUGUUGGUGGGGGCCCGCUGCGAGGUCCGCGUGCCGCAGCAGGGGGCGCGGCGAGGUGUGGUCCGGUACAACGGCACGCUCGCCGGCGCCAAGGGACUUUGGAUCGGGGUGCAGUACGACGAGCCGCUCGGCAAGAACGAUGGAUCAGUGAAUGGCAAGCGUUACUUCACAUGCCCUCCUAAAUAUGGAGGAUUUGUUCGUCCAGCUCAUGUCAUCGUCGGCGACUUCCCCGAAGAAAGCUUGGAUCUCGACGACGAGAUAUGAUCAUGCUGAUAACCCUCUCGAACAUGCACGCAAUACUAAUUUAGGGUACUGCCUUUUGAAUAUUAUUUUUUAGUAUUAGAUUUCUAUUUUUGUGAACCAUUUUGAUGUGCUCCAAUAUUGUGUUAAUUAAGGCGUUUAAAAUUUUAUUCAAAUAAUUUUGUGUUAUGUUGCAAUUUUUUUUUGUAACAACCAUAAUUGUUUUUGACUGAAUUAAUAUCUUAUUUUAGAAACACGAUAGGUGAUUACCCUUUCUGAGCUAGUAUCAGGAUUUUCUAUUCUUUAGUAAGCAUCUCAAUUAUUUAAGAGAACUUCUUUAAAAUUUCUAUAAAUCUCCAAUAUACCUAUACAUCUUUUUCUACAUGAUUGGGAGUAAAUAAAACCUCAUCCAACAAUUUGAUUAAGGCUUUUGAAGAAUAAAAACAUGUAAUUAGAAAAAGUAUAAAGUCUAUGUAAUCUUUAAUUUAAUUUUUUUGUAAUUAUUUUUAUGCAAUCAAAGCUUGCUGGCAGGCACUAUCAUGUUAAAGCCUUAUUAACCUAGAUUAUAUCUAUCAAGGAACAGAAGGCAUGUUAUAUAAUAAAAUUACUUUGUGAAUUAAAGGACAUUAUAUCUUGCAAGUGUUGAGUUGUAAAAAAAUAUUCUUUAAUUCUGCUUUGAAAUUUGUAAAUAUGAAAUAUGUGUUUAAAAACAUUAAAAAUGUGUGGAUUUCAUGAUUUUUAAAUCAAUCAAAUGUAGUCAAUCAUUAUCUAUUGGUUUCAUCUUGAAUUCGGCCUAACAUAUUUUUUAAUCACGACUGUAUUUUAACAUUCCAUCAGUCUAAAAUUUUUGAUACUCAUCUCAGGCAGAGAGCUACAGAUCUAUCUACUGCUUGUUUUAGUUUACGAGAAUUAAAAUUGUAAUGUUUUUUCACUAAUAAAGUUUUACAAUAAAUA